AUGGAUACUUCAAAGAAAACUGAUCUACUUUUACUUGGUAAAACCGGUAGUGGUAAAAGCUCCAUUGGCAACUCAAUUCUUGGGAAUAAAGCAUUUAGUACAUCAGGGGAUACGACUUCAGAAACAAAAGACGCCCAGUUUGAAGUUUGCCUUUUUGAAGAUCGACUAAUCCAAGUCGUUGAUGUUCCCGGAACUAAUGAUACCGAAUAUAACAAAACCGAUGCAAUAAAAAUAGUUUCAAAUGCUAUUACGAAAGCAAUGAUAGCGAAUCCUGAAGGAUAUCAUGCAUUUCUAUUUGUUGUUAAGUAUGGUGCACGUCAAACUAGUGAAGAACAAUCUGUAUUAGACGUUUUAAAAGGAAUAAUAGGAAGACGUUUCCUUAAAGACUUUGGCAUCAUUGUUAUGAGUGGUGGAGAUGAUUUUCUAAAUGACAAUGAGGAUAAAAAUCUAACAUUUGAAAAGUACUGUUUGAAGCAAGAGGCGUAUUUUAAGAAGCUUUUAACAGAAUGCAACAAUAGAAUCGUUUUAUUUAAUAAUCGCAUAAAAGAUGAAGCGGUGAGACAGAAACAAGUGAAAGAUUUAGUUACAAUGGUGGACCAACUUCCAUGUAAAGAAAUAGAUAAAUUAAUCAAUGAAAUCAAAAGAAAGGAUAAAGGCACAGGCGCUUUAAACAAAUUACUAGAACAUGUUCAAGGAGAUAAAAAGAUUGUUUGGCAUCUCAUUCAAUACAAUCAAAAAUCCAUUCAGCGGAUAGAAGAGUUUAAAAGGAAGGAAGAAGAAUUAAAAAAUAAAAACAAUGAAGAUAUAAAGAAGAUCAGAGAACAGCUAGCAAGAGAAAGAGAUCGUGCCACAAGAUGUCAAGUUGAAGAAAACAACAGACUUAAAAGUGACAUUUCAAAUCAAAUAGUACUAUACACAGGAAUAAAACAAGAAUCAGAACGGAGUUAUUUUGCACAGAUGGCGGACUUUGCUGUCAGAUUAAGUAUCAGAUUAAGUGAUUCAAUCGGCUGUAGAGGCGCGUUAGCUGGUGCUAUUACAGGAGCAAUAGCUGGUAGUCUAGCAGCAGGUCCCGUUGGUGCAGUUGGUGGUGCUGCCAUUGGCGCUGCAGCAAGUUGUAUGGCUGAAAGAAUAGUAUCAGCAAGACAUAAUUAA